UCUGCCGAGACAACAAUAAUAGAAGUAAAUUCAAUUAAUUGGCGAAUUAAACUACAUUAGGCGCGGCGCGACGAAGGGAACUUGAUGAGCAGCAGGCGGGGAAUGCCGUGACGAAUGGCGGCAGUGCGUCCCAUGGAAGGCCACCGCGCAACCGUGUUCCUGCAGAAAUGUACGCGAUAGAGCAUGUGCAUUGCGACUAAUCCAAAGAGUCCCCUGUGGUCAUAACGCAUUUAAUAACCUAAACCAGUCGGAAAGGCACAAGUCACCUGGAAUCCCCGAAUCCCCAAACCCUAUAACCCAUCCAAACAUGGACGAGGACAUCCUGAAUGCCGUAGAGUCCCUUUUUGGCAAGGAUGUGAAGAUCGUGGACUGCGAGACCUCCUCAUCGCUCCAGCAGGAGGAGGUUCUGCUGGUCAACGGAGUGCCCGUGAAGCUGGACGGCCUGCCCGCCGAUGAUGCCAGUGCCAUCAAGGCGGCUCUGCUGGAGGGGCAGAUGCCCGCGGUGGAGCACUUGAACCAGCUGCUCUUUCGCGCCGGCUUGGCCCAGCAGCCCAUCGAGGUAGAGACCUCGUUGACGGUCAAAUCCUCGCUGACCACCACGGAGGAGGUGCUGGUCUCGCGCAACGGACAGAUCCUGGACGAACGCACCGUGGAGACAAAGGAGAACUUCAAUCAUCAGUCGCACCAGAAGGAGAUCUGGCAUCCGGUCAAGCAGCAGUCUGCCUUGGCUCGCGCCACUCCCGAGAAUGCCCUCAAAUAUUCGAAUUCCACGUUCGCCUCGCAGGCCACCGACUCGGACGAACGUCCGGCGGAUCCUCUGGGCCGCCAGCUGAACCAAACCUUCUCGAAUGCUUCCCUUAUGUCCAGCAGCUCGGCCAUCACUGGCUCCGAUCAGGUCAUUGGAUCCGUUUCGUCCACCACCAUUGGGGACAAGAGCUCGAAUAUAAGUAGCUGCGACUCUGGGCACGAUGGCCUCUUCCACAGCGUGUCCAUGAACACGCCCUGGUCGCAUCCACGUGACACAUUAACCGACUCCUUGUACUGCGACAUUUCCAGCUCGGCAGAUGAGGCGGAUGCGGUUUCAAUUCUAAACACCCACUUGCAGAUCACAGAGCCAUCCGAUUGCCAAACAGCGUUAGUUUACGCCAAAGACAUGCCCAAGGAGGGCAGCCUGGAUUCGCUAGUCAGCCUGCUAAUCAACGGCGACGAUGCUGAUGUGCAGUUUUCGCUUUUGACCUCUGCCCGUUUGUUUUUGCCACCCCACGAGCUGCUCUCUAAGCUCAUUGCCAACUGCCAGGGAAAGGAGGAUAACCUUGUGCGAUUGCUGAGCCACUGGCUCAUCGUUUGUCCCGGCGACUUUCUCCACGAGUUGAUGCUGCAAGAGCUGGAGAAGAAGCGGGGGCUCAAAGGAAUGACUGCCUUUUUGGAUGGCAUUCCGCAGUCUCAGGCACAAAGAGCCGAAAAGGGGAGAAAUCAUCUAAAGCAUCUGCUGACCAAGCAGCCAUCUGCCAGCUCUUUGGGACGUCAGAGCAGUAUUAAGUCGCUGAAACGCUUUGCAGCCAAUGUCUACAAAACGGACAAUGUGAUCAACAACUGCAGCAAUGUCUUCGAGUUGGCCCACCAACUGUAUGCCAUUGAGUACGCCUAUCUGUCGCAAAUACGCCUCGAGGAGUUCGUUGAAGCACUGGCGAAGGAUGAGCUAAAGUCUUGCAUAAACCAAACCAAGGCGGGCACCUUGGGCUCAAAUCAUCUUAUCCAGGUGACCAUCGACAGCUAUGUGCAGUGGUUUAACCAACUGAGUUUCCUGACUGCCACCGAAGUACUGAAGCUGAGCAAAAAGUCUCAGAGAGCACAAAUGAUUGACUUCUGGGUGGAGACAGCUCUGGAAUGCUUUAACACAGGGAAUUUCAACAGCUUAAUGGCCAUUCUUACAGCAUUAAAUCUGACUGCCAUAGCUCGCCUAAAGAAAACGUGGGCCAAAGUUCAGACCACCAAGUUCGAGGGCUUAGAGCACCAAAUGGAUCCCAGUUCAAACUUUCUCAACUACCGAUCCACCAUGAAGGCAGCUAUUUGGCGUGCGGAAAGGGAAAAGGCCAAGGAGGUGGAACGCGCCAUUAUACCAUUCUUCUCGCUGUUUCUCAAAGAUCUGCAUGCCAUUAAUGAGAGCCAGGAAACAAAAUUGGCCAACGGAAACCUGAACUUUGAGAAGUGCCUGCUGUUGGGCAGCCAGCUAAGGAGCUUCAGCAAGUGGCAAGAACAGAUCUGUCCCUACGGGCAGCAGGCCACUGUGGUUUCCUAUCUGCUGAAGGCGGAGGUGCUAACCGAGGAUCUUCUGAUGAAGGCCUCCUACGAGCUGGAGCCACCCGAAAACGGCGAAGAGAAGGAUCACUACAAGACGCUGAAGGCAGCUAAGAAAUCGAACACAUAAUCACCCAUCAUUAACGACAAUCCUCGGGAUAGUGCAACAUACAUAAUAUGCA